AUGCCUAAAUCCUCAUCAUCUUCAAUGCAGCAUAAUUCCAGAUGGCUGGAUAUGCAGCUAUCCUCUGAUUCUGAUCCCCAACAAACCUCUGAUAAAAGAAAUUCCACUUCCACUUCAUGCAUACAUGAAAACCAACCAACAGCAUUAUGUGAAGAUAAUGUGAACUUUCAAAUCUUCCAGAUUAGCCAAUCUUCUGCAUCAAAUUCAGAGGACCUACCUCAAAGCUCAUGGCUUCAGUUGCAGCUAUCAUCAGAGGACAGCUCAGAAAUGCUAUCUGACAUAGGCCAUAACAAAGGAGACCCUGUCAGAUCAGCUUCCAAAAGAUGUUUGAAUGAUGUUGAUAGUUCUGAUUCUGAAGCCAGUCAGCAUCAUCAUCUGAUAUAUGAUGAUUUAUCAGAUAUUUUGGAGGAAUAUAUUCAAAGACAUAGAUCAUUGUCUGAGAUGGAAGAUUUACUGUCACAAUCAGAUGAUGAUGGUCCAUUUGAUGACUAUCAACCUGGAAGUGCAGAAGAAUGUAGUCCUAUAUGGAUGAGAUCUUUCCAUGCUGAUGAUUCAGCUGCAAUUUCAGAGGUUCCAGAUGAUGUUGAAUCACCAGUGAAUGUCAACCCCAUGUUGAAUCUGACACGUCCCACCAUAUGGCUUUCUGCUCUGGAACAGCUUCAUACAUUGAAUCCUCAAAUGCAUAUUGGAAAUGCAGUUCUUAAUUUUUUUCUCAUGACCAAGUGGUAUCCCAAGCAUGGCCAAGGUCCUCUGAAAUAUGCUGAUAUGGUGGCUGUGGCUCCUCUACUGGUCAACAAUAUGGAGAGAAUGCCAAACUUAAAGGAGAUCCAAACUUUUCAACAUAGACACUUCUUGCCUUCUUCUCAAGAACAUCCUUCAAGUCAAGUUGGUUUCAUCUUGACCAUAUCUCAACAUCACUGGGUGGCCAUCUUUGACUAUAGCCGCCAAACUGCCUACAUUCUAGGACACCACAUCACUUCCAUGACACCAUCUGCAAUCAAUUCACACAGCAACUGGGAGAAAUUGUAUGGUCCAUCAUAUUGGAAAAAUUUGGCUAUGCUGCAUGGCUGGCCUCAUGGAGAUGUUGCUGCUGUUCUUGUUCAUGAAUACUCCAGAUUCUAUCUGCAGCAUGCACAGAACUGUGAUUGUGGUGCAAUCUCAUGUGCUAUAUUAGAGCAUUUUCUGGAGGAAGGACUCAGCUAUCAUCUUGAUGGAAGUUUGUAG